GAUUUCAUAACAAAUGAAAUUGAUUCAUCUUCACAAUUAACUUCUAAUGUUAAUACCACUAUCGAAAAUGGUUCUGAACAGACACCGAUAUUAGAUAGUUCUUCCAAGGAGACAAUUCAUAAUGAAGAACAAGAAAAUCAAACACAACUAACUGCAUUAAAUGGAACGUUAAGUUCAAGUCGAUUAAGUUUAAAUAAAUUCAAAGAUCAAUUAACACAACAUGCACGCAGUGUUAUGACUAUGCCAUCAUCAUUUACAUCAAUUUUAUCAAAUACAUCAUCUACUCCGAAUGAUAAUAAUAAUCAUAAUAAUGAUAAUAUACGACAAGUUUAUUGGGCUGAAAUUUGUAUUGAAAGAGCAACAGAUUUGUCUAUUAAAGAUAUGAAUGGUACAAGUGAUCCAUAUGUUAAAGUUUUAUAUGGUAAUAAAGAAAAAUAUAUAACAAAUACGGCAUCAAAAAAUUUAAAUCCUGUAUGGAAUGAAAAAUUUAUAUUUUUUGUACAUGAUUUACAUAUACCACUUUAUUUUAAUAUAUUUGAUCAUGAUCGUAUUGGACGUGAUGAUCCAAUGGGUACAGCGAAUAUUGAUUUAUAUAAAAUACCAUUACAUAAAUUAUAUGCUGCAAUACUUCAAUUACAAAAUGAACAAAGAAAUGAUGGAAAAAAUGGUACUAUUAAAAUUAGUAUUAAAUUGAUACCAAAAUCAAUUGAAUUUCGUGAUGAAGUUCUUCGUACAUUAGCAAAACAAUCAGAAAUGAGAUCAAUAAUUGGUGGUCGCUUAGGAUCAGUUAAUGAAGUUAUAUUACCUCGACGUACCAUUGAUGUUUUUAUAAUUCAAGGACAAAAUUUAAAGUUAGGUGGUGUCAAUCAACCUUGUAGUCCUUAUAUUAAACUUAAAUUUGCAAACAAUAAAAAAUAUCGAACACAAGUAAGAUACAAAACAAAUGUCUAAGUAAACUGAAAAUAUAAUCACAAAGAAAAAAUGAUUUGAACUAUUGCCCAUUUCAAAAUAAAAGGCGCGUGGGUAGUUUUUGAAUAACUUUUGAUAGAAGCAAGAUAGAGACCUGUGGUUUUCACCACUGGAAAGAAGAGAUAGAGACGCAUCGAACCGUAUAUUAUAUGAUANUUAAAGUGACGUUUUUGAAGACGAACAUAUUUCGUAAGGUGACUAAAUUGGUUUUUCAAUAAUUUCGUGUGCAUUUGAACCGUUAAUAGAAGAUCUACAAAGUAUACGCAAAGCCGACACUUUUACAUCUAUCAAUUCAGAAAUUAUAAGUAUCUUAGUGGAAAUUCUUCGCCGAUUUUUCUAGUACUUUCUUCGGGAAAAAUCACUUCUUUACGUUUUUCUCGAAAAAUAUGGACUCAAUUUUUCGAUAUAUUCUUAGAAAACUGACUAACAACACGUUGGAAAGCCUCU